AUGGAUGUCAUGGAUGAGGAGAGUAUUACCAGAAUAUGCACCACUGCUUUCUCCGAAGAAGAAAUUGUUAACGCAAAAGAUUUGCUGUUUUCUUGCAUACCGGCAAAACAAUGUAAGAAAUUAAGAAAGCGGCAAGGAAAAACGCUACGUAAUGUUGGUGACAUUGUCUGCCUCCUGAAGGAGACGGAUCCCGAGGAAAUCCCCAUUUUUGUGGCGAGAGACCUUCAAAAAUUACCCCCGGUUCAUUUCGAUCAUGUAGAUGUGACCCGCCUUCUUAAGGAUAUUGUGAGGAUGAGGAAUGACAUAGACCGAAUUGGUGAGGAAUAUGCCACAGUGGUAGAACUACAGAAGUUACGGACGGAGCUUGAGGCACUUAAGAAUGCAUCGAUCGUCAACAACUUUCCAUUGUCCCGUAGUGUCAACAAUAAGAGAGGUGCCUGUCUUUGGUCGAGUUUCGAGUGCGAUAGUGGGCCCAUGGGGCUUGCGACGGGCUGUGAAGUUAAUAACUCGGCAAUAAAAUCUGCAUUACAAGAGCAUCGAAUUGUUUCUGCGCAGGAGGGUGAUAAAACACAAAAAUCACCGCAGAUAUCCCCGAGUGCAAACCUACCGCCUAGUAAAAAAUGCUCAGCUGAGCGUUCGAUGUCCGUCACCCCGCCCCCUGCUGGCCCGCCGCCGCCGCCGUCUGCACUGAGUCACGCCGUCCCUGCGCGUACGGCGACGGAGGCCACUGUACCAAUCGCCAGUGUGAGAUACACUGCUCGUCAGGUGUGCUCGCAACAAUGUGCAACCGAUCAGAAAAGCUACUUGGACGUUGCGCAAAAUGGAGUUUGGAAACCUCGUAUACAAGACGAGGAAUGGACGCUCGUUCAGAAAAAGAGAUUGAGGAAUCGCUUUGUAGGAAAAUCUGGGAAAGCAAUCGUUGAUGCUGAUUCUAGGUUUAGAGCGGCUGAUAGUAGCGUACCGAUUUUUAUUUAUAAUAUCUCUAAGGAGGCGUCAGCGUGUGACAUAAAGAGCUACAUAAAAUCGAGUACCAACCUAGAUUUGCAAUUGGAAAAAAUAAAUAUGAAAAUAGCAAAGGAAUACGAUGCUUAUAAAGUCUACGUACCUAAAAGUAAGCUUGAGGUGCUUUUAAAUGACAACUUCUGGCCAGACGGCAUUUUAUAUCGUCGUUUUGUGGAAUUUCGAGCUCCUUUGAGACGAAGUUAUCGUGAGAAUGGAGAUCGAAAAUCAUCAAAUGGACCAUAA